GCUUGUAUUUCAGGUACCUGUGGAUGCGGGUCAUGGACUCCACCUCUGCAGGAAUGUGUCCGCCCCCUCCUCCACGGUCCCUCCCCUCAGCCCUCUCCCUCCUUCUCCCUCCGUCACACACAGCGGUUUCUCAUCUCCCGACUCCUCGGAGCCCAGGCAAGAUGUUGCAGUGGCUGCUUGAGGAACACUGUACAAAAAGAGCAAUGAUCGAUGGCAUGGAGGGAAGCAGGAGACCUCCGGCACUUAUUUUAACUCAUUGGACCCCCGCGAUCAUACUAUAUUGUGUAUGACUCAUUGGACCCCCGCGAUCAUACUAUAUUGUGUAUGAUGUUCCUGAGCUUCAUAUUCCCUGAGGACAUCUGUGCCAUAUAAAUGGAAAAAGAGAGUCUACAAAAGUGUGUGCAUUUCAUUCUGCUUAGUAAUCAUGUUGACCAUCUUCCAGAGGGGGGCAUCCCCUGGACUACUUUUCACUCAGAGUAGUAUGGAUUCAGAAGAGCUUUUGAGUACUAUGAAAAGAGACACCUAUCCUGUCCCAGGUGGAUUUUGGUCAGUCAAAACAGAACAGACAACAGCUACUGUUACCGAUAUAUAUCCUACUGAAUGGGAUGUAAAGUCUAUCAACUGCACUGCUAAUUGGAACCUUACCAAUUUGGACUGGUAUAAGACUCUGGAACCUAACUUCAAACAGUUUCUUCUGUACCGCCACUGUCGUUAUUUCCCAAUGAUUAUUAAUAACCCACAAAAGUGCAGUGGAGACAUUGAUCUUUUAAUUGUGGUUAAAUCAAUAAUAACUCAGCAUGACCGCAGGGAAGUAAUCCGUAAAACUUGGGGCAAGGAGAAAGAAAUUAAUGGCAAAAAGAUAAGAACUGUAUUUCUUCUUGGAACUGCCAUGAAAGAAGAGGAGCGAGCAAAUUACCAAAAACUGUUGGAUUUUGAGAACAAGAUAUAUGGAGAUAUUCUACAGUGGGAUUUUCUAGAUUCCUUUUUUAACUUAACUUUGAAGGAAGUGCACUUUUUAAAGUGGAUGACUAUAUACUGUCAGCAUGUAUCCUAUAUUUUUAAAGGGGAUGACGAUGUAUUUGUCAGCCCCAAUAAUAUCUUGGACUUUUUAGAUGGCAAUAACACACCAGACCUCUUUGUAGGAGACGUACUCUACAAAGCACGACCUAUCCGGAAGAAAGAAAAUAAAUACUACAUUCCAAAUUCCCUGUAUAAUAAAAGCCUCUAUCCCCCAUAUGCUGGCGGUGGUGGAUUUAUCAUGGCUGGUUCUUUGGUAAAGAGAUUGUUUAAGGCUUCUGAAACCUUGGAUCUGUAUCCUAUUGAUGAUGUCUUUCUGGGGAUGUGCCUAGAAGUUAUUAAGGUUAACCCUGUUUUGCAUGAAGGCUUUAAAACUUUUGGCAUUGUCAGGAAUAAAAACAGUAAAAUGAACAAGGAACCAUGUUUUUAUCGUAGUAUGCUUGUUGUGCACAAACUUCUGCCUCCUGAGCUACUACAAAUGUGGGAACUUGUACAUAGUAACUUAACCUGUUCUCGAAAGGUCAACAUCCUUUAGUGGCUGGAAGAAUCCAGGAGAAAAAUCCUGAAAAAAAAAUAACUUCUAUUUUUAUAAAAAAAAAACUGUUUUCCUGGCAGGUUUCGGGAGAAAACAAGUCAUAAAAGAUUUAUUUUCUUAGUUCAUGUACAUAUGGGCAAUAGAAUUACGUGACUUUGUUAUUCAGGGUCUAGGUACGAUAACUUGUGUCAUGAUUGAAAUCUGUUUUUUAGCCUUGGAUUUAACAAUCUGACUUGGAGGAUGCUUAUAUCACAGCUUUAUGGGACCAACCAAGAAAGGAAAUUCUAUGGAGUUUUUGUUCAACACGGAGUAUAACUGUAACUUGGAGAAAAGCCAUGUAGAGUUCCUAAACACAAUUUUCUACAAUGGAUAGUGCUGUUUUUGUGGUCCAUGAGCUGGGUAUAGCUCUCUGUAGAAACAUGCAGAUAUGUUCUGUUGCAGGCUCUGGAAAGUUGACUUCCAAACUCUUGAAACCAUAGUGGUUUUAUAAUAUUUAUAUUCUAGUUGUAUUGAUGAUUGAUCUGUGAUUUCAUGAUUGUUAAAAUGUUUUCUUGUUCUGGUAAUUGUUAAUUUAUAAAAGUAAAUAUUAAAUUAAAAUAAUGAGCAUUCUAAUAUUUUGUAAAUAGUUGAAACUGUUUAAUUGAAUGUUAAAUAUGGCAUUUUACUGAGUACUGUAUACUUUAUUUUGGUGCUGUAACUGUGAAUAUGUUUGUUUACUUUUUAUUCUGCAUGUCCUGAGCUUAGCUGUAAUGCCUAGUCAAAGGACUUCUGUAGGUAUUUAGCCAUAUUUUAUGUUUAGACAAAAAAUAAGGUAACUUGCACACAGAAAAAAACUGGUUCUUUCUGGAGGAUAGCUGAUUUACAUUUUAGACACUCACUUUUAGACGGUCUCUGUAGUUGUCUAUACUGACUUUAUAAUCACAAACAAGCUGCCUGUUAAUUAUAAUUUAGAAGUCCUACUUGUAGUACUAAUAGAACUAAAAGUUGUACAUGGUUUGCAUCUCACUUUUUUUUAUUAUUUUAUUAUUCAAUAUCUUUAUUUUAUCUCUUUAUUGCUUUAUCAAUGGCACAACUGUUAUUUAGAUGGCUCAUUGCCCGUAUGCAGUCUACUUAGGUCACGAAGGCAUUAAAGGAGUAGUGUAGUGGAUUUUUUUUUCUUAUCCCAUUUUUCCCGGGCUGCAAAAAAACAAACAAAACAAACUUUAACUCACCUUCCAACACUCUUUCAUUGCGCUGCUAUAGCUCCUCAUUCUGGUCUUCUUCCUGCUUCUGUGUGCACAGAUCUUCACACUGCGAUCAGCCUAUCGCCAGCCACAGCGAUGUUCCGCCUCGGUCGGUAAUACUCUGAGCGCAGUGUCAUGUAACAGGCCCAGGAAGACGGUGGGGCCCAGGGUCAUUACGUGACACUGCGCUCAGUGUUCCACCGGCCAAGGUGGACAUCGCUGUGGCCAGCGAUUUGCCGAUUGCAGUGUGUUGAUCCGUGCACACGGAAGCAGGAAGAAGAUCGGACCGAAGGACUGAAGAACUAUAGCAGCGCAACAAGCUUUGGAUGUUACAGGUUUUUUUUUUUUGUGCAACCCGGGCACAAUGGGAUAGGGGGGGGAAAAAAAUCCACUACACUACUCCUUUAAGGAAGUAUGGCUUGCUCAGGAGCUAAUGUGAUUAAGUGGUUCUGUUGGGUUGUCAUGUCAGCCAGGGAUCUGAUAAAGGCAUCCAGGCCUGCCACGAAUGUACUUGGGUGUACUGUACGAGUAACAUAAAGAAGAUCUGUGGUACACAUUUUUUUUAUAAUCCCCUGUGCCCGGGCUGCAAUAAGUAACAAAACAAACUUUACUCACCUUCCGACGUUCCCCCGGUGCUCUGUUAUCGGUGUAUUGGUCCUCCGGUGAUGGGUUUCUUCCUGGGGACUGUGACUCAUACUGCACUCAGCGUAUUGCCGGCCGCAGCGAUGUCCCGCCUCGGCUGGUAAUAAGCUGAGCGCACUGUCAUAUAAGGAGCCUGAGCAGCAGGGAGAAGGCAGGGCCCAGCCUCUUUGCAUGACAGUGUGCUCAGUCUAUCACUGGCCGAGGCGGGACAUCGCUGAGCCACAGUUCCCAGAAAGAAGCCGGCUGCACCGGAGGACCAAGACACCGCUAACAGCGCAAAGGGGGAAGGUCAGUUAAAGUUUGUUUUGGGGAUUAUGAAAAAAAUAAAUGUGCGCUACAGAUCUAAUUUAAGUGGUUGUAUAAUAGUUCUCUAGGGGUUCCAAAAUUGUACCUUUAAAAAAAAAAAAAAAUUUUUAUAAAAGCUACAAAAAAAUGUAAUAAUUGGAAUUGAUUCCAGUAAACACUCUAAUAUAAUACCUAGUGGGAAAAUUGGCUGUUUUUAGUCAUCAUGCCUCUCAAAAGACAUGGAUUAAAAAGUAAAAGUUGUUUUAAAAAAUAAAUGUCUUGCAUGUCUACCCCAGUUCUCAAUUUUCCCUCAAAUUUUCAGCACAGUCCUAUCUUGCUCUCACAGCACUCUUGCCAUUUCUCCACCUAGAGCUGUUCCUGAACAUUUCAGUACACAGGAGACUAUUGCUCUGCAGUAAGCAAAUCUGCAGCACCUGCUGAUUCUUUUUCUGGCUGCUCCACUUGCCUGUGACAUUUCUCAGCACAAGGCAGUAUCCUGAGAAACCCACCUCAUUGUUCCUCAUAGUUUUUAAUAAAGCUGUGUGUAUAUGACAGCAAGAUGGUGAUGUAAGCUGUAGGGGCUGCUAGAGAUGGUGACAUCACUCGGGGAACAGCUAGAGCUCUGACACAAGCAUCCUGAGACUGCAGAAGAUACUGAAUUAUUUCAGAGGAGAGGAAGGAGCCAAGGAACCACACUGAACACAAAGAAAACAAAAUGACUACACAACUUUCUGCCAGUGGAAUUUCAAGUAAUUGUUUAAAAAAAAUAAAAAAAAUAAAUAAAUACAGCAUUCUGAUACCGGAUCACCCUUUUGCAGAUGAUAUGCUCUCCAAUUAUUUCUAUUGUAGCACUAGAGAUGCCCGAGUGCUGUAUUCGGGUCUCUUCGGCAUAUCCAUAGAAAUGAAUGGUGAACAUGCUGUCUGCAGCACGCCUCCUCACUGAGAGCUGGGUCCCAUUCUGGAGAUCGCUGGGGGUCACAGCAGUCAGACCUCCAUGAUCAGCUACUUAUCCCCUAUACAAGUAAGUUUUGGCUGAAGUUCUCCUUUUAUCUUAGGGGUCACACACCUUUUUACAGUCGAUACACUCAAGAUAGGUGGGUUUACAGUUUGUUUCGAAGCAGCUCUAAGUAGUCCCUUGGGUGGUGUGGCAUUGUCAGGAAGUUACUGUGCUCCGAGCUGUAAUCGUGAUCAUUUUAUCAAGUGAUCCUAAAACAAAUUGGGCCCUCUGACACAUGUGAAGGUGCUACAAUAGUACAAUAAAUAACCCACGUGUCAAAUUAAAACAUACGUUUUAUUAUACACUAAAUAAUAUAAGUUGAGUAAGCAAUAAGGUGAUUAAAACACAGUCCCUAUGGUCUCAGACUUUAUGUACCACUGUCAGUUUCAGGGGUCCUGUUAGUGGCACAAGCUCUACAAUUCAUUGCAGCUCCAUCACACAUUGCUUGAUAACCAGAUUACAAUUUUCAUUUGUUAUUUUUGUCACUUAGAUACUGGUGACUUUUUGUCUAAAGUUGAUUUACACAUGUUUGUGAUUAACAGCCCGGGCUCCUCCAAAGUGACUGCUCUGCUGCAUCUGCACACUAAAGCCUCCCAAGCCCAGAAACAGUUUUAUAAACAGGAAUAUUGCUGCUUCUGGACCUGUGAGAUUUCUGAGGGGAGCAGUGACGUUGGAGGAGCCCAGGCUGUCAAUCAUGCCAGAGUAGGCGUGAUUAUAGCCGGGAGCACAGUAACUACCUCAGGAUGCCACACCGCAAUGAGGAAUAAUUCGAGCCAUUUAGCAUAUGGUUCGGGACAACUGUAAUAACCUAUUUUCGCCACUAUUGCUGCUGACCAUGUGGACAUGGGGAUUUGGUAAACAAGAUGAAUUUACCUUUUAUAACCUGUUGCCAAUGGUUAUAUAGGGUAAAAUCUGAUGACAGGUUCCCUUUAAGUUUACAAGUUAUGUGGGUUUACAGUUUGUCUGACAAUUCAGGGGAUUGGUCUGAUGGGCUUGAACUUUCAUAUUAAUAAUGGGAGUAUUAAUGAGGUGAUGGGUGGGAUUAUACAGUCAUGGGGUGUGUCUUAUGCAUACACACCCCUCAUUGUAUAACAUUCACACCCACUGACUGUAUAAUUCCUCCCAUUUACUGAUAUUCACUGCUAUUAUUAAAGUUAAGUUCACGACCAUCUGAUUCCCUGCAUUGACAAACUAUAAACCAUAUGUUGGGAAUGGAUGAGCUGAGCAGCUUGUACCAACUAGACUUAAAUGGGUACUCUGCUGGAAAACUU